AGGAAUUUGGCGGCGGACGUUGCGAGAGUUCCGGCAGGGGCGAGAGUUAAGGAGAAAGGGCAAAAUGGCAGCGGCGGAGAGCCGCAAAACGGCCAGAGGCUCAGGCUGGCCGGCAGCCGCUGGGAGACGGAGGCGGCGGGACGGCCAGGCCAGGCCGUCCCCGGUAGACGUGGCAGCCCAUUCUGGUGGGAGGCGACCGAACCUGGCAGGGGACCGAGGUGGCGGGACGGCCGGACCUGGCCGUCCCAGGAAUAGAAGCGGCGGCGGGUGGCAGCGGAGAGUCAGUCCAUGUCGACGAAGGCAUGCUGUGGUAUGGGUCCAGCAAAAUCCGGAAGCAUCGGACGAUGAGCAAGCCGAGGACGACCAGGAGGAAGAAGACGAAGACGAAGGCGGCCUUCUGCUCCAAGGUCAAGGCCGGGACGGGCAGGACGGCGCUGGCCAGGGGGGGCAGUGUGCUGCUGGGACUCUCAGCCAUCCUUGCACAGAGUGGCCCAAGGGACCCGCUGAUUUAGACACCCCGCCUGCAACGGAAAGAGCAGCCAGGUCAAACCGUUCUUCCCCUCACCCAUCCACCCCGGGAGUCUACACGGCUCACGUCAAUCCCUUUUGUAAAUCUCACUGUCGUGGAUUCCUCCCAACUGGGAAUGCUGGGAAAUUUUGGUUUGUGGCCCUCUCCACCCCCAGCACAGGACCCCUAGUGACCGUGGCUGGGGUCUGUCUUGUGUUUCUUUUAAGAGUGUGAGCCCUUUGGGGACAGGGAGCCAACUGAUUUAUUUAUUAUUCCUCUGUGUAGACCGCCCUGAGCAGCCAUUUUUGGAAGGAGCCAGAUUUAGAAGCCGAAUAAAUAAAUAAAUAAAUAAAUAAAUAAA